GCUAUUAAGGGCCAAGGGGGUAACCUCCAAACCUCCUCUCCUGGAGCUCCUCUUACCUAACCUAUAAAUGAAAUCGUGUAUUCGUAUGUUCAUGUUGUCCGUUGUCUUUUGUCUUACUCAGUGUAGUUCUUUCUUUUCCUUGUAUAGGCCUGGCCUUGGCCACAGAUAAUAUAACAUAACCCCAACUACUUGGCCUAUGCCCAGCACAACAAUGGCAACAGUUCAUCAUGUUCCCAACUUUAUUCAGUUUUUAUUUUCAUCAAAACCCAAAUUUGACUGUUAUUUUGCAGUUAGGAUAGAAGGCCAGAAAAACCCUGAAAGGAUUGGAGCUGUCAAGUUGAUGUUGAUGGCUCACAGCGAAGUUUUCAGACUAGAAUUAGAGGACAGUGAAUUGGCUGAGAAGAAAGAUGUUCCUAUCAAAGACAUUCAUCCUGACACCUUCAAAGAAAUGUUGAGAUAUGUUUAUGGUUAUGAUACUACUGCUACAAUGGGUUUUGAUGAGGCUGAUGAUUUACUGUAUGUUGCGGAGAAGUAUUUGAUGAAACCUUUGAAAGACAGCCUGGCUGCUAGACUGAUGACUCUUUUGAACAAAGACAACAUUUGUUCCUUGAUGAAUAACCCUGCGUGUUACACUCAUCUGGAGUUGGACUCUGCCAUUACCAAGAUUUUGAGGUUUGAGACGGAUCAAGUGUUAGCAAGCCCAGAUUUUUUGUCCAUGAAUUCUGACGGGUUUCUCAAGAUUUUGGAACAGGAUGAACUUGCAGUUCCCGAAAUAGAAUUGUGGAGAGCAGCGAUUAAAUGGGGAAAACACAGAGCUUACCCUGAAGAUGGACAGCUGGUCCGCCAACAACUCUCAAAGUUGACUCAACAUUUAAGACCUUACUCACUGAGUGGAGAAGAGACAUUUGAAGUGAUUUCUUCAGGUAUAUUUUUCAUAGAAGAAGUCAACAGUAUGUGUCAUUAUCAAUUUAAAAAAGAAACCACUCAAGCUCUUAGUGAGUUUUCAAAUGAGACUAAACCAAGGAAACUGAAAAAACCAAAGUCUUUUAGAAAACUAGAAAUGUAUAUGUUAGAUGAGAAUUUUGAUCAACAACACUACUGUUACAACUUUGCCCUGACUACCAAAAGCCACACAAUUGAGCUGCUGUCACUAGAGUGUAAGUCAAUUGAUCUUGCACCAGAAGCCCAGGGGACAUAUAAAGUGAGCUGUUCAACAACGAUAACUGAGUGGACCAACAAGAAUGUGCAUGAACCUGUGAUACACUUCACUGACUCUGAAGAUGGACAGCUGGUCCGCCAACAACUCUCGGGGUUGACUCAACAUUUAAGACCUUACUCACUAAGUUUAGAAGAGACAUGUGAAGUGAUUUCUUCAGGUGUUUUUGUCAUAGAAGAAGUCAACAGAAUGUGCCAUUAUCAAUAUAAAAAAGAAACCACUCAAGCUCUUAGUGAGUUUUCAAAUGAGACUAAACCAAGGAAACUGAAAAAACCAAACUCUUUUCGAAAACUAGAAAUGUAUAUGUUAGAUGAGAAUUUUGAUCAACAACACUACUGUUACAACUUUGCCCUGACUACCAAAAGCCACACAAUUGAGCUGCUGUCACUAGAGUGUAAGUCAAUUGAUCGUAAACCAGGAGUCCCUGUAGAUAUGACAUAUGAAGUGAGCUGUUCAACAACAAUAACUGAGUGGACCAACUUGUAUGUGCAUGAACCUGUGAUACACUUCAGUAAGCAAGUCAAGUAUGGAGUGAAGUUUGAGAUUCCUCUAGCUGUUGAUGGGAGAAACAUUACCUUGAAGCCAGACACUACGUACUCUGUCAUGAUGAUGGUGAAAGGAUAUCACAAACAAUUGGGCAGUAUGAAAGAGCCCAACACCAAAACUGAACACUUAAUUCUAAGUAUAGGCAAACAAGGUUAUUGGUACGACUUUCCCUCAGACAAGUUAAUGUACAGAGCAAUCAGAUGUUACAAUAAUCAGAGGAUUAAUGUAACUAUGGAGUGGUUGGAGUUUUAACUCCACUAAAGUGUGUGUGCAAAAGAUUCAUAUCUUUUUAUAAUUUUUUUUUAUCUAACCCUGCACGAAAUACACUUUUUGUAAAAUUCUUCUAAUCCAAAUUUAAAUACUUGCAAAUUUGCUUAAAAGUUAGUUUGGACAUGAACAUACAGUCUGAGUGGUAAAGGACAGAAAUGCAAUUUUCAACAGAUUUUAAGUUUUAUCUACGUUGUUGGAGCAACUGUUGUGGUACAAAUGGAAUGUAAAGAAUCCUGUAUUUAGGUGAAUUAAAAUCUUGUGCAUUAUAUUGAUUGUAUA